AUGUUAUUUUCAAAACCGAAAAUUUGCAGUCACCAACCAAAUUUAACCUGGUGUCUGAGGCUAGAUAUCGGCUUUCAAGCUUUUAGGAGAAUUAAGAUAAGAAUGUUAAGAGGACGAGUAAAACAUUUGAUGCAUUGCACCUUUUUCCUAUCAUUUAUAUUUCUGUUUCUUGUGUUUGCUGGAGCUAUAAAUUUGAGUGGAACAGAAAAAGAAAUAAUAGAUCCCUGGGAAAGAUAUGGAAUUUAUGGUACAUUAAUUUUAUAUGCAUUAAGACUUUUUACAUUACUAACAAUACCACAAGUUUUGUGUAACUUUGCGGGACUCACUCUUUUUAAUGCUUUCCCUGGAAAAGUAAUGCUGAAGGGAUCUCCCCUACUCGCACCUUUUAUUUGUAUAAGAGUAGUCACUAGAGGUGACUUUCCUAAAUUAGUGAGGGAUAAUGUAACAAGGAAUAUGAAUAUGUGCAACACUGUUGGAGUGGAAAAUUUUAUGAUCGAAGUUGUAACUGAUAAAUCUAUAAAUUUACCCAAACACCAGCGAGUCAGAGAAGUGGUUGUGCCACCUGAGUACAAAACUAAAUCUGGUGCUUUGUUUAAAUCAAGAGCAUUGCAGUAUUGUUUAGAAGAUUCUGUAAAUAUACUCGCAGAAAAUGAUUGGAUUGUGCAUUUAGAUGAGGAGACAUUAUUGACUGAAAAUUGUGUAAGGGGUAUAUUAAAUUUUGUGUUAGAUGGACAACACCAGUUUGGGCAAGGAUUGAUAACAUAUGCAAAUGAAAAUAUUGUCAAUUGGCUGACAACUCUUGCAGAUAGCUUUCGAGUUUCAGAUGAUAUGGGCAAAUUGAGGUUUCAAUUUUACUUAUUUCACAAACCACUGUUCAGUUGGAAAGGGUCUUAUGUUGUGACACAAGUGAGUGCAGAGAAGAAAGUGUCUUUUGACAAUGGUCUUGAUGGCUCUGUUGCAGAAGAUUGUUACUUUGCAAUGAAGGCAUACACAGAAGGAUACAGUUUUAACUUUGUAGAGGGAGAGAUGUGGGAGAAAUCUCCCUUUUCCUUAUGGGACUUCAUGCAACAAAGAAAAAGGUGGAUACAAGGAAUACUUUUGGUGGUACAUUCCAAAGAAAUACCUUUAAGGAAUAAGAUUUUUCUUGCAAUAUCUUGUUAUUCAUGGGUGACACUGCCAUUUUCAACAAGCAAUAUUUUUCUGGCUGCAGUUUUUCCUAUACCUUGUCCAUAUGGCUUGGAUUUAGUAUGUGGAUUUAUAGGUGCUGUCAACAUUUAUAUGUAUAUAUUUGGUGUUAUCAAAUCAUUUCCUAUUCAUAGGUUUGGACACAUAAAAUUCUUCUUACUUAUUGUAGGAGCCUUAGCAACAAUACCUUUCAAUGUUAUCAUUGAAAAUGUUGCUGUUAUUUGGGGAGUAUUAGGUAAGAAGCACAAAUUUUAUAUAGUGAACAAGGAAAUUAAGAUUCCAGUGACUGUAUGA